AUGACACUGAAAGUCACUUUGCUAAGUAGUGAGUGGAAAUCAUCCACUAAUGGGGAUUUGUCAACUAUCAACCGAGAGCUGGCCAUCCAGUUGGCUAAACACCCCAAUGUGGAUGUUAGUGUCUUGCUUCCAAAUUGCAGUGAAGCAGACAGGAGCAGUGCAGAAAGUCACAAUGUGAAGCUUGUUGAAGCAGAUAGAGUUCCUGGUUUUGAGCCAGCUCUUUGCCUGUCCUUUCCUCCAAGAGACCAUACAACAGACUGUGUCAUUGGUCAUGGAGUUCACCUUGGCCGACCAAUUGCAUCCAUGAAGAGAAAUCCAAAUUACAGUCAUUGGAAAUGGAUUCAAGUUGUUCACUCUGCUCCUGAGGAAGAUGGAAUAUACAAAGACAUUUCAGAAGGUCAAAAAAUGCAAGAAACAGAAAUCCAACUCUGUAAAAUGGCUGAUCAAGUUAUCACAAUUGGACCUAAGCUGGCAGAAGCUUACAAGUGUUACCUUUGUCCAGCUAAACAGGAGGAAAAAGUUUUUGACCUUACUCCAAGCAUUUUCUCUGAAUUUUUGGCAGUAGAGCAAGCCACUAAAGAAAGAAGAACAUUCCGUAUUCUUGUAAUUGGAAGUGGUAACAGCUGUGAAGACUUCAAUGUCAAAGGGUACGACAUAGCUGCCAAAGCAAUUGCCGAGUUGAAAGACGAAUCAUACAAACUCAAGUUUGUCUGUGCAGCUGGAGGAAAAGGAGAUAUUGUAGCUGAAAAUUUGCUCCACCAUGGCAUUAGUCGUAAUCAGCUUAUUGUUUGCAGCUUUGAUGAUAACAGAGAAGUGCUGGCAAACUUAUUCUGUGAAGUAGAUCUUGCAAUAAUGCCAUCCAGGACGGAAGGUUUUGGAACAACAGCUCUGGAAGCGUUAUCUGCUGGUCUGCCUAUACUUGUCAGUGGUAAUUCAGGGCUUGGAGAAGCUCUGAAGAAAGUACCUUUUGGCCCACAGAGUGUGGUAGACUCUGAAGAUCCUAAAGAGUGGGCCAGAGAAAUCAAGCGUGUCCGUCAGAAAGAGAGAGACGUGCGACUUUCAGAGUCAAGAUUUCUACGUGAAAAGUACUUGGAGAAGUAUAGCUGGGAGGAGCCUUGUAAGAGUCUUGUGAUAAAGAUGAAGAACCUUGUUUUUGGUAAAUUUACUUAAAUUUAAAUGUUUCAGCCUUAACUUGUCUGAUAACUGAUAAACCAGGUUGUCUGAUAAAAGUUGAAUCAGUGUUGACUCAACUUGGACCCACGAUAACCAUAAAUUCUUUAUAGAACUGAAUCAAACAAAUGGUCAAAAAUGGUAAAUACUCAGGAGAGGUAAACUUAAUUGUUUAUGUAAUAAUCUUACCCACAAGAUUAGGACCAGUGUUGCAGUUUUUAAAUAUGUACUAAGUGAAGUACAUUUGCAUGGGAAGUACUUUCUGUAGUUACUUUACUCAAGACAUAAAGCAGGUACUUUUGAAAGUUGAAUAAGCAUGGCCAACUUGGUUGGUGUCUGUUUUAGGGUCAGUAAAAUUUGAGUCUUACCUGUGUUUGGUUCAUUUAUUGACUACAUAAUUUGUAUUUUUCCAUAUUCAUGAGAUUCGGGUACUGUGAUGAAAUACUGUUGGAAGUAUGCAGGCGUAAAUUACCAAGCCAUAUCUAUAAGUGGCAAACAUAAGCACUUGCACAUGAUCUAAUUCCAAUGAGUGUGCUGCUAAAGAUCCAAUAAUUAUAUGGGCAUUCGGGGUUAUGAGUUUUGUUUCGCUUUUUAACAUGUAUUUGCUUGGUUUACGUUGGAGUAAUAAAUUGUCUUUUAACCUAAACUUAUUUUUUCAGGUGCAGUUCCACAUGAUUCAACAAAAAAAGCACAGAGAAAUACAAAAGAAGCAUGCACAGCAGCAGGUACAGCUGUAGAAGGCAUAUACCACGUGCCUAUCAGCAAUUUAUAUAUUUCAACCAAUACGAAAUAGGAAGGGGGAAGGGGGGUUUCCUGGAUAAAACAAUGAGGGAGGACUAUAGGGGAGGGACUGGGAAUCCUUGGGGAUAUUAGACUUUUUCCUUUUUUUUAAGUAACACUCCUAUUUUGUUGCUUUGUUUUAAUCCCUUUAAUACCCAGAAUUGAUUAACACGUUAUUUCUCAUAACAUUGUCAUUUAAAGCCUCCUCUUGCAAAAAGGGGGCAAGAUUGAUUUUAAGGUCAGAAAGUAACUUUGAAACAAUGUGGAAGUGAAAGAGCACAACAGACGUUAAGACAUCCAUUAUUUCCACUUUUUUCUCGUCCUGUAAAUGGAGGUCUAUUUGCAGGUUUCCAAACCAGGUAGCAUUCCUUAAUGUGAUAUUUCUCUCAUUUCUCCUCAGAAAAAGCUCCAAACACCUCUUUAAAGAGAAAAAGAACUGAUGGGGAUGAACAAACAGAGUCUGUUCAAGGUGAGUUAAGUUUACAAUGCAUGUCAAUUAUAAUUGUCAAUAAACUCUAAUACAAAGAAUAGGGCUGGUCAGUGAAUACUGCAAAUCAGUGAUUCAGAUGUCAUAGAAAAUGAUUGAACUUUCCCCUUACAGUUAAAAUUCCAAUAUGGAUUGAUUGUGGGACCAUCCCAGAUCCUCAUCCACGACUUGAGACAUCAGGGACAGUGGUUAUAGCCAGUCAGAGUACUCAGGCUGGUAGCGAUGGGCUGGUAGUUACUAAAAUGUCAGAAGGAACACCUCAAGACACACAGGAUAGCCAGGCAGGAAGUCACGAGUUGUUAGUUACUGGAGUUAAGCAUAAGGCAGUGGAAUCUGUUGCAUCAGCUGGUCAACCAUUCGUAGGAAGAGCAGGAAGCGUUGAAGAAGUACAUGUAGGUGUUGGAAACGAGGCUGUACCCAAUGCACAAGAGGUUUUGAAUUUCAUCGCACUCAAGCACUUCAAGAUAGUUGACCCAUCUAAACCUGAGGAAUCAAAUGGCUUUCUACAGUAUUUAAAGGAAGUGCGCAAAGUUCUGGUUCUGGAUGUGCAACCAGGAAGUUUGAUAUUGACAGCACUAUGUAGUUCAUUGGAGAUACUGGAUGCCCUGUGGUAUGACUAUUACACAGGUCACCUGAAUGACAUGGCACAGAAAUAUCUUGUGACAAGGGACGUUCUGAAGGAGUUUGACUUGACUGAGCUGAAACUGAUAACAACUAUUGAGGGGGAGGAGUACAUUGCUGCACGAAAGUUUUUGCUGCAGGGUUCAGGUGAGCACAUACAAAGUGUUUUGGAGAGCUGUCUUUAACUGAAUAAAUAGGGCAUUGUCUUUGUCAUUGCUUUAAAACACAUUAGCAGAGGUUUGCAUGUUAUAUUUUUUUAAUGCCCCCUCAAGCAUGUGUACAAAUUUGUUGUUUCACCUAACUCAGACAGGUAUCAUUCAAGAAAUUUAAUGAUCAUAUCUUAUACUUGUGCUCUCUCUAUUUAAUCGAGAGAUGGGAUUGAGGAUGGAGGGAGGCAACACUGAGAUGACCUCAUGACCUUUUGACAUUUUUUAGCAAACUGAUCCAACUCCUUUAUUUUGGGUUAGCACAAAGAAGUAAAUAAAUUGUUAAGCCAAUAGCUUACCAGAAUUAACAAAUCUCUUUGAAUAUCCGACCUAGAAAUGUAUGGUGUUCAAUUUGCAGAAUUGUACUCCAUAGAUCUCUGUAAACAGGGUAAUUUAUGUGACCUGAGCACUCAAUUUGGUUACCCUUCUCUCAUAUUGAUGGACAGAUUCGUACUGGGAGUAACCAAAGAGAUCGAAAAAUACUUCAAAAAGACGGCUUGAAUAUGUUUGUGGUGGAUAAAGCUUACUUACCAAGCACUAUUUGAGUAACUCCAGAAAGAGAUUAAGUGUGUAGAUAAAGCCUCUACCAAUGAAAAGGAUAUAAGUUAGUUCUCAAACAUAGAACUAUGGUGAUCAAAGAAGAGCUAUUUACAUGUAUUCGAAUUUGCUUACAGGUCAUUCAGCACCAAUGGGUCAAACAUAUAAUUUAGUAAUACUACAAAACACUCAAAAUUAAUCAACAUGUAAUUUCUCAUAACAUUGUCAUUUGAAGCCUCCUCUUGCAAAAAGGGGAAGAGAUUGAUUCCAAGGACACAAAGUAACAUUGAAACAAUGUGGAAGUGAGACAGCACAACGGACGUUGAGACAUUCAUCAUUUCUACUUUUUUCUUGUCUUCUAAAUGGAAGUUUGUUGGUCUCCACACUAGGUAGCAUUCCAUAAUGUGACAUUUCUCUCCUCUCUCCACAGAAAAAGCUCCAAACACUUCUUUAAAGAGAAAAAGAACUGAUGGGAAUGAAGAAACAAAGUCUGUUCAAGGUGAGUAAACUUUACAACGCAUGUCAUUUAACUCUUUAACCUCUAAGAGUGACUAGCAUCUAUUUUCUGCUUACAAGAUCACCCUUGUUUCAAACAUUAAGGUCAGGAGAAUAAGAGAAAUGAUCAGCAACUAAAGAAGCUCUUGAUUGUGAAACAAUUUUUCCUAUUCAGAAAGGUAUAGAAAAAGUAUGGAGAAUAUGCCUUCUGAUAUUAGGGUGUAAUGGGUUCAUUAUAACUGUCAAUAAACUCUAAGUUAAACAAAUCCUCUUAAAGUAGAAAGACCAGAAACUGUCGCAGAAAUACUACUUAUACUAAUUAUAAUUACCCUCAGACAUGCAGUAUAUGGCAGAUAUCCAAAUUAUUACUCCCAAUUUCAUGAGUAAUUCUCUGUAAAAAAGAUGAAUUGUCCGUUUCAUUUUGUUGUAAUAUUAUCAAAUGAGUGUCAAUAUUUGUAGGUUAUCAUUUAACCGCAUUCCAGUAUCGUACUCAUUUAACUCUCAAAGAACGUUGUCAGGCAAAUUCUCUAAUCCACCGUCCCGUAGUCCACCGACCGCAUCAUCUAUGGUAAAUUAAUCAUGUGACUAAAUUAAUCAAGAAUAACACACCCACCCAUAGCGAUAUUUUCUUUCACAAUCAAUGUGGAAGGUUUAUCUUUGACUGAGCUGACUUCCUUGCGAGGGAGCGUUUGCGUCAAUCAAUGGUUGAGCUCCAUAUUUAUCCAGCUCGUAAUCAUGUCUUCGAGUGAUUGGUUCACCGCCGAAGUAUCAGGGUUUUUAUUAGAAACCGGGUCCUGGGUACUUGCACCCGUUUACUUUGAACAGAGUACCCGCCUACUCAAAGUACGAAAUUUAAAAAAAAAAAUCGUCAAGAAAAAAAUUAUCAACCUCACUGACUAUUAACUCUUCCCUGUAAGUUUAAAACCAUUUUUUAGCACAAAUGUACCGAUAACUUGCUAUCAGAUCGUGGAAAUAAAAUUUACUGUGACGAGAAGGCGCUGCGCGACGAUCGCGUUCUUCCUGAAGUGCUUAAUUAGCCAUUACAUGACUCUUGCACGUCACGUGCGACACGUUUAAAAGCAAGUGCGUUCUGCGGAGUCAGCGUAGCAAGCGAAUGAAAAACUCAAGGCGUCCUGGAUUCUUUUUUGUCAUUUGCAUACAAGAAGUCUAAAAGUUAGUUUUGAGCAUCUUUGCAAAUAUAUUGUUUUCACUUUCCUUGAAGCGAAACACGCAAGCAUUAUGUAAUGUUUAAAAAACGAGCAGGAGUGUUUUAUCGGGUUUCAAACCACGAGGCGUAGCCGAGUGGUUUUUGACCCGAUAAAACACGUGCUGUGAGUUUUUUGAACAGCUUCAAAAACAUUCUUGGAAAAGCGUGUGUCAAGAGAGUUCAUAACAAUUAUGCUUUUGUGAACGUUAGAAAUUAGCAUACUGUACUGUACUAAUGGAAUAGAGAAUUUUUCCAGAUGUGUAUUUCACAACUGUACUAUUAAUUUGGUGCAAAAGUAAAUAUACUGUGUGAAAUUUGUUGAAAGAACAUUAAAUAUGUUCCCACCAUUUGUUGUGUCAGUUUCUGUGUUGAUAAUUAAUUAAUAUUCAUAAGUCACGUGCAGUGUCUUUAUAUCUGAUAAAACACCGCAUACUAAUAAGGAUGAGGUUUAUCGAUAUAAAGUCACUGCACGUGAUGUAUUAUCUACCAUUUGAUAGGUUAAUGGGCUUAUGAAUUAUUAAUGAGUUUUUGAAUUGCAUAUGAAAGGUCAAGUGCAAUGACAAUUAACUUUAUGUUUUCCAGUUUUAAUUGAAUUACAGCCGGUGAAAUGAUUUUAUGAAAAAAUCACAUAUUCUUUCUUUGCAUUCCAUUAUUUAAACUGUUCAUAAAAUAAACUACAUGAGAAGAAUGUCGCCGUAAAAGAGUGUAACUGGCCAACGUUUUGUUGGCUUUCAAAGCUUUUAAAAAAUAUCAGUGAAAGAAACUUGACGGAAACUUUGUUCCAAUUUAAUAUUCAUUUAAGAUCAAGCCCAGAAAUGCAUUAAAAAACAUAUCAAAAAUUUCAAACGUGAAAAUUCGCUUCGGCCUGUACUGACGCUGAAAAUUUGCCAGUUUAUCAGUUUAUAAGUUUAAGUUAGCUUGUAACAGUAGUUAGCUUGUAACAGUAGUUAGCUUGUACUACAUCCCAAUAAGCCAACAUUUUGUUGGCUUUCAAAGCUUAAACAUUCCGAGCAAGUGAAAAAAACUUGAAAGAAAUUUUUUUCCAAAUUAAUUUUCUCUCAAGAUUAAGCCAAGAAAAACAUUAAAAAACAUAUCAAACAUUUCAAACGUGAAAAUCCGCUUCGGCCUGUACUGACGCUGAAAAUUUACCAGUUACACUCUUUAUCAGUUUACAAUUUUAAGUCAGAUUGUUACUGUAAGAAGAAAGGAGGCUCAGAGAACAACAGCAGUGUUUUCAUGUAGUUAUAGCUGUAUAGUGAAAUAAACAAAUUCUCCCAGAGUAUCAUUCUUUUUUACUAUAAUUAGAGUAAGUAUGCGUCAUAGCAAGAUUUCUUUUCCAGAAUGCAGGAAAAUACGCUUCUGGAAGACUUACGUUUUUAAAAAUUUCCCGGGGGAGCAUGCCCCCGGACCCCCCCAGAGGUUUGGACCUUCGGCCCUCAAUUUUACAGGGUACCCGCCUAUUCACGAGGCAGUGCCCAUCUACUUCAAAAGUAAAUGAAAACCCUGCGAAGUUGUGGUCAUUCCUUUUAGAGGCUUUUAGCAGUGAAAAACAGUGGCAAUAAUCAGCAACAGUUUACAUGUGCUUCAGCAAAUCAAAGGUAUUCGAUUGAGGAAAUUACUAUGUCUGUACGUUUGAGGACCUGUUCGAUGCCACUUUCAGAUAUUAAGAUUGAUAUCGUCAAAUGUGUACAUGUACGUUGUCUUUGAGCUAUUUAUCGUGAGAAAACAUGCAAAUUUGAAAUCUCAGAUUCCCAGCGUUUGUGGCACCUUACAAACGUGCUGAGUUUGCAACGUUUGCGUCGGCUGGAAACUCGCGUAAAGCUCUUCUUUGUCAACUCAUGAAUUGUGUUUGUUUUCGGUCCACUUGUCCGAAUAACUGACGGAUUAUCCGUUGUCUUUGAAACACCUUAAUUUUAGGAUUGUGGAAUUUCGUUCUGUUGAAAUGCUUAGCUUUUCACGCACGAGAGAUGUGUUUCGAUUGAAAUCUCAUUUUUUAGACACCAUGAAGACAUUUGUGGAGGAUAAAUCGUUCAUUUAAAAUAUGGAUCUAUAUUCCAUGAUCAGCAAUUCACUCCUGAAGUAGAAAGUAGAGGAAUUUAACUUCCGGGUUGCGUCACAAACUUUGAUUGUCAGCUCACAUAUCUUAGGACAUUUUCCAACCAAAAUGUCUCGAAUAAAACAUUUUAUUAAAAAUUGUGAUCAGAGCCCUUUACUUUUUUUUUAAACUAUCCAGCCUCUACAGAUGUUAGUGACCAACCACUCCACAAAUAUAUGGUGAUGUGUCUUCUAAUUCAAGAAUGCUAUUGUGUCAUCUGGUUGGUUGGUAUAAAGCAGAUUUCUAGUUUUUUGAGAAUAAUGAGUGAUUACACACUAAAGAGGGGUGGAUACUUCAGCAGAUAAGAAAUUUGCUUUAGAACAUUGCUUUAAAAGAGGAUUUUGACCAUCAUCAGUGUUUUGGUUAUGAACGAUCCAAUGUUGGGAGUUAAAGGGUUGAAUUACAAUGUAGCACCUUUAAGGAUCAUUUCUGCAACUGAAUUUCAUACACAGGUCAAACUGAAAUUUAUUUCAUUAAGAAUCUUGAUAAUUUUUGUUAAUCAUAUAAAAAUUUCUGUCUGUUCAUGAUCUAUGACUUCUAUAACAUGCCUUUCCAAGAAUAGGUGAUGUAUUUAAUCAUUCCUUCUGUAAAUUUUCUCUAUCUGUCUAGGAUGUAUGAACAGAGUGGUUGUAAUAAUUCAUUGUUAUCACUUUCAAGGUGAUAAUGGACACUAAAUUGAAUGAAUUUUGUCUCAAAUCAUUAAUGAAAUAUUUACUGGCAGAGUUUUUAGAAUGACUUGAGAUUAUCACAUGGGAUAUAUGAUUCUACACACAAUCUGAAGAGAAAAUUAUCUUGCUCAGUUCCAUGGAAUUGGUGUAAUUUAAUGGAAUUAGGGGGUGUAUUUGAAAGGCCAUUUUGGAGGAAAAACAUCUCUAAACCUAAGCCAUUUUUAAUGAAUACUAUUCAAAAUGGUUUAGAACACAAAAAGCUGAUGGUAAUAAAGAUUUGCAGUGCAAUCUGCCACGUAAUAUUCGAUUUUGACAAUUUAACCAUCCCAUACCUUGUCAUUUGGGAAAUUUUUGGCAGACGGUAGCAUACUGUGCUGUAAAUGUUCCUCAUCAAACAAAAAAUUUAGUUUGCAGAGAUUCUGAUCAAAAGUAUUAACCUUCUCGAGAUAAUACAGUUGCAGUGGCAAUUAAUUUGCAAAAAGUGGCAAUAGGAACCACAAGAAUAUGACAUGGUGUGGAAAUUUGAUAACAGUAACUUUCUGUAAUCACAGGCUUGCUUUAGUAAUGAUAACUAUAAUGUCUAAGUCAAUUUCAAAGAAUAUUUGCACUGUGAGAAUUAUAGCUACUGACUUCCCCAAGAAAGAUUUAUUCCUCUGUAAGAGAAACAAUUGUGUACUUUCAAGUGCAUAACUAUUAAAUGAUCAGGAACUGUCUCCAAUUCUUGUUAUUGGUGACUGAAGGUUGCUACUUAUCAAUGCCCUUACUGUUAUUUUUGAAAAAAUGAUCAUGAGGGAGAUCACUCAUUUAAAAAAUUUUUUGCAAGAUGACGAACUGUAUUUCCUUGAACAAGUGCUCAUGUUCUAAUAAGUGCCCUCCCCCAAAUAAGCAAUCACCCCUUAGACCAUAAUUUCAUAAAAGCAUCUGCUCAAGGAUACAGGUCUAAAAAAGUCAAAUUAUUUAUAAAAAUUAGUAUUUUCAGAUAUAUUUUUAAAGCAUACACAUCAAUUUAACAAUUUUGUGAUGAAAGAAGAAUUGCGUCAUCUAAAAUUUUGCAAACUGUUAUGUGCCAUCAAUUCAAAGUUUCAACAUCCCUCCCACAGACAACACCUUGGGUAACCUCACAGGCAUUUGCCCAUGGGUUGCUCAGAAGAGGGGAGGAUGUGCAUACCUAGAAUACAUACAUACAUCAACUUUAUUUAAACACGAUCAAUAAUAAAAGCUAAACACUUAUGGGGUCAUGUGUUUAGUUAUCUAAUCAAAUUAAUAAGAAACUUAAUAAAUAGCUUUAGGCUCCUAAAAAAUUAAUACUAAAAUCUCUUAAAAUGUUGGAGCUUCAAAAUGAUUGGCAGCUAAUAAUAUGUAGGCUAGCUAUUAUCAGCUUAUCUGAGAAAUAUUUCUCUUCACUUUCGGUAGGCAAUCUUCCACACAGUGGCGUACAAGUUGGGAAAAGAGAUGGAAGGGAACAAAGUGAAUCUGCACCAGGUGGGUGAAUGAAAUUGUAACAUUGCAGAUUAUACCCUAAUUUACUUAUUUCCUGAAAAAUAAGCCUGCAUGAUAUUAUUUGAACUGUGCAAAAGAUUUUUGACGUCAGAGAGUAGAGUUAUAAAACACUGCUGUAACAUUUCAUGCUUAAAUGUUUUUGAAGGUUUGACUUGAAGUCUGUAGGUAUUAUCUGAUUAACAAUUGAUAAGUUCAGAAUAAUUUUGAGCAGAAAACUGAGUUAAUAACAUGCUUAGUUUGUUUAAUUUUCUUCAAAUUAACAAAAUAGCUAAGUAGAACUUAUUGAAAAUAAGAAAGGAGAGUGUGUGCCAGGUGAGUAAACUUUACAUGACAUGUGACAUUUAGGAAUAUUACAGUAAGACUGUAACUGUCAGGAGCAUUGUAAGGAGCAAAUCAGUGAAUCAAGUAUGCCACAGAAAAGCUCUUAAAAUAAUGAAAAAAAUCUGGUAAAUCAGCUUUACAUUGUUUCAAAGAUAGAAUUAUAUGCAUCUUCUAUUUAACAAAUAGAGAAGCCUUGACUGUGCUCUGUUCUGUUAUAAAGCAAGCAGGAGGCGGCUAGAGCACGAAAGAAGUGUAGGGAGAAACACGAGACGUAGUCGAGUGUUUCUCUUCACUUCUUGAGUGCUCUAGCCGCUUCCUAAGUGCUUUAUAACAGAACAGAGCACAGUCAAGGCUUUUCUAUUUGUCUUAUAGUAAAGAAUCUGUUAAAUUUCCCAAGCAUUAAUUUCAAUUUUCAAACAAACUUUAUUUCCUAAGCAAACAACAGUGUCGUCAGCAUGCUCUAUACUCUCAUAAAGCACGCUACAAUAAGCCAAUCAGAAUCCCUGUUAGAAUGGUUUAAAUAAUCUGAUUGGCUAUACAAGACAAAAGCUGUCAAAAGUGCCAAACCAUCACAAGUUCACACUAAAUGGAAAACCUGAUUCUAUUACCACUUUAUUUACAACUUUAUAAAGCUUCAACUACAGCCAAAUCAGUAGAGUCUCUAGUUUCUUACUAAACACCCCCUGGAUUAAGCGACUUCCUUCUGAUAAGCACCCCUUCUUAGCCCCAACUUGAAGUAAUUCGUGCCUGGGUGCUUAUUCGAGGAAAUGCAUGUAAAAGUUAUUGGUCGUUCAGUUUCUUUGCUUUUAACUUAAAAGGAUGUGUACGGUAAUGUCUGUAGAACUUUAUUAAUCAAAGCGCUAUUUGAAGAGAAAUGAGUUAGUUCUCAAACAUAGAACAAUGGUGAUCAAAGAAGCUAUUUACAUGUAUUCACGUUUACUUACAUGUCAUCCAGCACAAAUGGAUCAAACAUAUCAAUAACGAUUUUCCAUGUAUCCCUUUUCUACAAAAUUCUCGUCAUUCUUCUUUUUGCAUGAAGCUAAAAGGAGGCAAAAGUUUCGCUGCCUUAUACUUAUAAUUAGCACUAAUAUAGUAAAUGUGUUUAAAUUAGAGCCUUGCCUGUGUUUGGUUGAUUUCAUGAGGGCAUGAUUUCUAUUUUUUUUCAUAUUCAUCAGAUUCAGGUACAGCUCCACGUGAUUCACCAGAAGAAGUCCGUGCAGCAACAAGUAUGGCUUUAGAAGGUACAUGUAGGUACCAUAUGCGUAUGGGUAAUUUAUGAAUUCAACCAAUUUUGGAAUUGGGAAAUGUGAAGGGAUGGGCGGGGAGAUUAAUGUAGAUUUAUAAAGAGCAAGAAAUUACUGAAAAGAAGGGACUACAGAGUUGAUAAUGUAGAUUGGACACUGUGUAGAGUUUUGAAACUGAUGCUUCAUAUUGCCCACCGGUGUUGCAAGCUAUAUGAUAAUCAGGCAUAGAGCUUGAUAUUAAGUGGUAAAUGUGUGAAAUAAGGGGGUUGACUUGAAGGUUAGUAUUUAUGAGGAAACAUAAUGGGAGUGUAAUUGCAUAAAUCCAGCAACAUCUACUUUGAGUAAGCACAGACAUGGAGGAUAGUGUGGGGAAGCAAACAGAAAAGACCUGCAUGGCGAAAAUGAAAUAGUUGGCAACUAAACUGUUUUGAAACUUACAAAAUAGUUGUUGUACCUCAUAAUUACCAAUUCUCUUCAGCUGAUUUUAAUUACUAAUUUUGACCUGGCUGCUAGCCUGAAAAUACUUAAGUUGCCUAACAUUUCCUCUUCAUCUUGACACUUGUGCAAAACUAAUUAAAAGGGGGAAGUCCCUACUUCAAGUUUUUUUGGCAGGUUCAAGUUAGGAUUUUCUGCUAGUGACUAGUUUUUACAAGAAGUAAAUAAUUUAAUUAAUGACUGGCAAAUCUGGGAAAGAUCACUAAUGGAGGGUUUUCCUAAAUCUUAAGAGGGAAAAAAAAGAGGAAAACAAAAAAAAAAGAAGGGACAGCAAGAGGAAAGGGAGAGGAAAAAACCAUAGGUAGAAUAAGAAAGGAAGAAGGGGAAGGAAAAAAGGAAAUUGGGGGAGGAGCAAAUGGAAAAGGAGGAGGAAGAUGGCUAGGAAGAUGUUUUUUCUCUGCUUUACCUUGAUGGAUUUAAUAUUCCACAUUGUAAAAAGCCUCUUUUUUUCCAUCUUGCUUUUGAUCCACCUAACAUUAAGCUGUGCCUCCCUAGAAGUCUUAAUCUAUUAGUAUUUAUUAGUCAUCCAACUGCUUUGUUUGGUGAAAUGGUAAACAACCCUGUUCUUGGCAAACCCCCUGCCUUUCUGUACUGCCAGGCUGGGGUGGGGAAUUUGAACCAGAAGUGUUAAGUCUUUCCAGUGAACUACAAGCUAGUACCCUUUAAUUUGGAGGUGUUUAAGGUAAACAGUUCACUUUCGCUAUAGAAUGGCUCGGAAGAAAAGGUCUACAAGGCUCAGGUUUUUAUGCCUGAUCAAUGUGUAGAAAGUCACAGUUGCUGAUUUUGCCUUUUACAAAAAACUGUGCUAAUUCAAGGAAAUGUAUUAUCUAAUACUAUUAAAUUUUGUGAAGAAAAGACCUUUGUGUAAUUGCUGAUUGGAAUGAAGCUAUUAAAUAUAUGUACAACUUCUGUAACUGUUUCUGGUUUACUUUCAACUUAUAAGGAAAAGCAUGGAAAUACCUGUAGAACUUUAUUAUCCUAACACCUAUUAAUCAAAGCACUAUUUAAGUGAACUCCAGAAAGAGACUGGUUGUGUAGAUAAAGCCUUGAAGCAACGAAGAAGGAGUUGGUUGUCUCCAAAAAUGACACAAUUGGUUAUCAAAGAAGAGCUUAAUUUACUUGCAGUAUUCAUUUUGGCUUAUGGGUCAUUUAGCAAUUGGAUGAAACAAUGUCAAUAUGUUCAUGCUUGCCUAACUCUUUCUUCCACAACAUUUCUCACUCUUCUGACUUUUUCAAUGAAGCUGAAAGGAGGCAAAAUAUUCUCUCAUUUCUUCUUAGCACUGAUAUAGUAAAUAUGUUUAACAUUUGAGUCUUAACCUGUGUUUGGUUCAUUUAAUGACUGCAUAAUUAGUUCGUUUGUAUUUUUCGGUAUUCAUGAGAUUAAGGUACUGUGACAAAAUACUGUUGGAAGUAUGCAGGCAUAACUUACUUGGUCACAUCUAUAAGCAGUGAACAUACACACGUGCACACGAACUCAUUCCAAUGAGUGAUCUACUAAUGAUCUAACAAUAAUAAUUGUGCAUUUGGGGUUGUGAGUUUUGUGUGGCUUUUGAACAUGUAACUGCUUUGUUUACAUUGGAGUAUUAAAAUGUUUUUUUUUAACCUUAACUAAAUUGUUGCAGGUGCAGCUGGAUAUGUUUCAACAAAGAAGACACAGAGUAAUACAAAAGAAGUUUGGACAGCAACAGGUACAGUUGUAGAAGGAAUACACCACGAGCCUAUCAGCAAUUUAUGUAUUUCAACCAAUGUGAAAUAUGAAGGGGGAAGGGGGGUUGUGAAGGAAGGAAGGACUAUAGGGGAGGGAUUGGAACUCCUCAAGGAUAUUAGAGUUUUUUUCUUAUUUUAUGUAACAUUCCUAUUUUGUUGCUUUGGUUUAAUUCCUUUAAUAUUUGGUUAAUAUUGAUCAAUAUAUAAUUCUCAUAACAUUGUCAUUUAAAGCCUCCUCUUGCAAAAAGGGGGUAAGAUUGAUUUUAAAAAAAGAACAUAACAUUGAAACAAUGUGGAAGUGAGAGAGCAUAACAGACGUUAAGACAUCCAUCAUUUCUACUUUUCUCUUGUCUUCUAAACGGAAGUCUGUUUGCAGGAUUCCAAACCAGGUAGCAUUCUAUACAGUAAACACCCGCGUAUAAGAACCUAGAAUUUUUGGGUUCAGGCUGAAUGGGUUCUUAUAUUUUGGGGUAGUUUUUCCGAACUCAGGCUGAUUAGGUUCUUAGUAGGUUCUUAUUUGUAGGAGUUGUCAUAGUGAUACCAUUCAGAGAACUACUGUAGUACUAGUAUGUCAUGAUGGUUGAACAUUUGUAUUUUAAACAGCAAAAAUGCCAAGCCUUAUUUUUUAAACAAUAAUAAAUUCAGUAUCAUAGGGUAUCACUGUUACAGUUGGACUGAAAAAAAGACAAGCAGUAAUGUGUAUUUCACGGGAGCAAGUCAGGGCACUCUACAGAUUCAAGUCCCAAGGCUAAAACAUUAUAAUUUUAUACAGUAUUCUAUACUCUGUAUCUAUAAGAUUUUCAAUUAAACAAAUAAUUUUCAUGGUGUUUCUCAGAAAUUUCACAAUUUCUAUCAAUUAAAAUCCAGUAUUUUGGCUACAAAAUAAGAGUGUUUUUUUGUAUAAGAACCUAUUGUUCUUUGCCAGCCUAAAUAGGUUCUUAUAUAUUUGGGUACUAAAAUGCCCAAUUUCAGCCUGUAGGUUCUUAAAUCACUAGGUUCUUAUACGCGGGUGGUUACUGUAAUGUGAUAUUUCCCUCCUUUCUCCAUAGAAAGAGCUCCAAACACCUCUUUAAAGAGAAGAAGAACUGAUAGGAAUGAACAAACAAAGUCUGUUCAAGGUGAGUAAACUUUACACCUCAUGUCAUUUAAUUAUAACUGUCAAUAAACUCUAAUACAAGGAAUAGGGCCAGUUGGUGAAUGCUGCAAAUUAGUGAUUCAGAUGUCAUAGGACAUGAUUGAACUAUGAAAGUUUCCCAAAAUUCCAAGGUUAUGAAGAAACUAUUUUCUGUAGCGUAACAUUCAUAUCCUGUCUGUUACAGUUUGAGCUCCUGAAAACAUACCAAGUCCAGGCUUCGCUUUAGCUGUGUUGUUAACAAGCAGCAAGGACUAUUUUUAUCAUUAAUCCUGAUAGCAAAUAGGACAACUUGAAUGAAUACCAAAGUGACAGCUAACAGGCAUUUUCAAUCACAACCAAAACUAGACACAAUUAGCACAAUUGAUACCGACCAAGCUUUUACCACACAGUUAAACAUCAAUACAGCGAAUUAAUAUCAGUUCUGUUGAAAAGUUUUAAACAUAAGAUCAAGAUGGGUGCAACAAACUAAUCUCGAUUUGUCAAUGAUGCAAUUUAACUAAAUAAGAGAGUUAUGUUUCUAAAACUAUUAAAUUUGGAAAAGCAAAGACCUGUGUGUAAUUGCUGAUUGGGAUGAAUCUAUUUAGUAUAAUGUAUGUUCAACUUCUGUAGCUGUUUCUGCUUUACUUUCAACUUAUAAGGAAAUGUAUGGAAAUACCGGUAGAACUUUAUUAUCCCAACACUUAUUAAACAAAGCACUAUUCAGUGAACUCCAGAAAGAGAUUGAGUGAGUAGAUAAAGCCUUGUAGCAAUGAAAAAGAAUAUGAGGUAGUGGUUACAACACUUCUCACUCUCGAAAUUAAGAGAUCCUCGCAGCUAAGAACACUACUGAAACGAGUAGUUGAAAAUAGGACCUGAAAAAAAUUCAGGCCCGUAUGGGAUUUGAACCCAUGACCUCUGUGAUACCGGUGCAGUGCUCUACCAACUGAGCUAAUAAGCCAACUGGGAACUGGUCAAUAUGUUGGGUCCAAAUAGACCAUCCAAGUGAUGAAUGAUGAUUUUAGAUAUAAGAAAUUCAUCUUUGCACUGCGGUGAAGAAACGAAAUUGCUUCUCACUUUUCUGACUUUUUCAAUGAAGCUGAAAGGAGGCAAAAUAUUCUCUCACUUCUACUUAGCACUGAUAUAGUAAAUAUGUGAAACAGUUGAGUCUUACUUGUGUUUGGUUCAUUUAAUGGCUGCAUAGUUUGUAUUUUCGGUAUUCAUGAGAUUCAGGUACUGUGACAAAAUACUGUUGGAGGUACACAGGCUUAAAUAACUGGGUCAUAUCUAUAGGCAGUGAACAUAUGCACAUGCACAUGAACUCAUUCCAAUGAGUGCCCCUCUAAUGAUCUAAUAAUAAUAUACGGAUUCGGGGACGUGAGUUUUGUGUGGAUUUUGAACAUGUAACUGCUUCGUUUACAUUGGAGUAUUAAAACAAGUCUUUUUAACCUAAACUGAUUGUUGCAGGUGCAGCUGCAUAUGUUUCAACAAAACAAGCACAGAGAAAUACAAAAGAAGUUUGGACAGCAACAGGUACAGUUGAAGAAGGAAGACACCGCGUGCCUAUCAGCAAUUUAUGUAUUUCAACCAAUGUGAAAUAUGAAGGGGGAAGGGGGGUUGGGGAGAACAUCCUGGAUAAAACAACCAGGAAGAACUAUAUGGGAGGGACUGGGACUCCUCAGGGAUAUUAGACUUUUUCCUCUUACUUUAUAUUACAUUCCUAUUUUGUCGCUUUGGUUUAAUCCCUUUGAUACACAAAAUUGAUCAAUAUAUAUUUCUCAUAACAUUGUCAUUUAAAGCCUCCUCUUGGACAGAAAGUAACAUUGAAAGAGUGUGGAAGUGAGAGAGCUCAACGGACGUUAAGACAUCCAUCAUUUCUACUUUUUUCUUGUCUCCUAAAUGGAAGUCUGGUUGCAGGUUUCCAAACUAGUUGGCAUUCCAUAUAAUAUGAUAUUUCUCUUCUUUCUCCACAGAAAAAGCUCCAAACACCUCUUUAAAGAGAAAAAGAAUUGAUGGGAAUGAACAAACAAAGUCUGUUCAAGGUGAGUAAACUUUACAAGUCAUGACAUUCAACCCUUUAACACCUAAGAGUGACUGGCAUCUAUUUUCUCCUUACAAGAUCACCCCUGAUUCAAACAUUAAGGUCAUGAGAAUAAGGGAAAUGAUCAACAAGAAGAAGCUCUUGAUUGUUAGACAAAUUCUCUUUUUCAGAACCUUAAGAAAUGUGUAGAGAAAGUAUGGAGAAUAUGCAUAUUGAUAUUAGGGUGUAAAGGGUUAAUUAUAACUGUUAAUAAAUUCUAAUACAAAGAAUAAGGCUGGUCGGUGAAUACUUAUACGUAGUGAUUCAGAUGUCAUAGAAAGUGACUGAACUAUGAAAGUUUUCCAAAAUGCCAGGGCUUUGAAGAAAUUCUUUUCUGUAGCAUAACUUUCAUAUCCUGUCUGUAACACUUUGAGCAAUUGAAAACAAACCUUUUCGAGGCUUCGCUUUAGCUGUGUAGUUAACGAGCAGUUGGGACUAUUUUUGAUUACCAAACGUGAUGGCAAAUAGAACAACUUGACUGAAUACCAAAGUGAUGGCCAAGGGCCAAAACUUGACACAAUUGACACACUUAAUAUCGACCAAGCUUCGACCGCACGUUUAGACAACAAUACAGCAGAUUACUAUCAGUCUUGAUGAAAAAUCUCUAACAUAAGAUCAAGAUGGGUGUAUCUCGAUUUGCAAUUCAACUAUAUAAGAAAUUUCUGUCUAACAAGGUCCACAUUGAUAACAGUUCUACAACUUAAACGUUUACUCGGUCUUAAUUUCCCCCUUAAAGUUACUAGUUGUGUUACAACUCUCCCCUCUCUACACCUUUCUUGCAUAAUUUGCCUUUCUUAAUUUCUUUUCAAAUUGUUGAUUUUAGGUGAAACUUUUGUGAGCGAGGUCAACUUAUCAAACAAGAGCACUGACACCCCUCCCCCCCCCCAUCGAAUAAUCAUCAUCCCCUUCUCUCUUACUGUCCAAAAUAGAUGGAAAACCUGAUUCUAUUUCCACUUUAUUUACAACUUUAGAAAUCUUCAACUAAAGUCAAAUCAGAACAGUUUAUAGUUUAUAUGAUUUUAAUAAGCGACCUUCCUUUUAGCCACAACUUGAAAUAAUUCGUGCCUAGGUGCUUAUUCGAGGAAAUGCAUGUAAAGUUAUUAAGUGUGGUGAAGCAAAGACCUUCGUGUACCAGUAAUUGCUGAUUGGGAUGAAGCUAUAUAACAUGUGUAGUAUUUCUUUAAAAGCUUCUGGUAUUUCUGCUUUACUUUCAACUUAAAAGGAAAUGUACGGAGAUACCGGUAAAACUUUAUUAAUGAAAGCACUAUUAGAAAACAAAUGAGUUAGUUCUCAAACAUAGAACAAUGGUGAUCAAAGAAGAGCUAUUUACAUGUAUUCACGUUUGCUUACAUGUCAUCCAGCACAAAUGGAUCAAACAUAUCAAUAACAAUUUUCCAUGUAUCCCUUUUCUACAAAAUUCUCGUCGCUCUAAUGACUUUUUCAAUGAAGCUAAAAGAAAGCAAAAGAUUCUCUUACUUAUUACUUAUAGUUAGCACUAUUGCAAUAAAUGUGUUUACAAUUUGAGCCUUGCCUGUGUUUGGUUGAUUUAAUAUGUGCAUAAUUUAUAUUUUUUCAUAUUCGUCAGAUUCAGGUACAGUUCUGUGUGAUUCAACAGAAGAAGAAUUGAAAAAUGAAAAGGAAGUCUGUGAAGCAACAUGUACGGCUGUAGAAGGUAUAUACCACAUGCCUUUUAGCAAUUUAUGUAUUUCAACUAAUUUUGGAAUUGGGAAAUGUGAAGGGAUGGGCGGGGGGGGGAGGGGGGAGAUGAAUGAAGAUUAAUACAGAGCAGGAAAUAACGGAAAAGAAGGGAAUAUGGCAGUACUGCUAUUAGACUUUGUACCAAUGUUGACCAACGUGUAAUUUCGCACAACAUCUUAAUUUAGAGCCUCUUUUAGUAAGAAGGGGCACAACUUUGUUUUUUAGACAGAAAAUUGGGUAAGUUGUAAAGCACAACGAAGCCAGCCACGAUAUGAUUUUUUUAUAACUGUAUAGGCAAUAGACUUCAAUACCAAGAACAUAGCUGCUCGGCAAAUUCCGAAAAUUAGUGAUUUAAAAGUCAUAGAACAUAAUUUUCAUAUCCUGUCUGUAACGCUUACGUCAACUGAAAUUCAAUCAAAUCAAGACUUUGCUUUAGGCGUUUUGUUAAUUGGCUUUUGGGACUUUUGUUGAUAACAAUGUGUUUCACUUGUUUUGAUUACUCGUAUCGAGAUAAUCAACCAUUUUCCAGUAGAAGUUUGAAAUGAUGAAAUCUCCUCGCGCGAGGUGAUUUUAGCGAGAUGUGACGCAAUCCUUGACCAACUAGAGUGCAUGCAUCUCCAUAAUCACCAGAGCAAUUGUACCUAUCAGUCACUAUUAUUAUUAUCAUAAUUAGUAUUACUAUAAUUGUUAUUGUUACAAUUUUUCUUGUUACCCAAUUUUCCUCCUAACGGGGCUAGUUCUUAAAUAAAUCUCAUGUCUCUACAUCCUCCUUGGAGUUUGAUACCAAUCUUAAUUUCCUUUCACAUUAUACGAAUUUAGGCGACACUUCUGUGAGCGAGGACAACAAGGAAUUGAAUCAGUUACACUCUGCUGAAAAAGAAAGUGACGUCACUGAGAUGAAAUCGACGCUUCCUCGUGGGUUUUCUGUUGACUCCAGGAACACAACAGGCAGAACGCCGCUAAUGAAUGCUGCUUCGAAGGGCAACGUUCAAGCCGUGAAGAGCAUGAUUAAAAGGGGAGCAGAUCCUUCCUUGACGGACUACAAAGGAUGGAACAUGUUACAUUUUGCCGCAGAGGGCGGAGACACUGAUAUUAUAUCUCUAAUUCAUACUCACCUGCCCAACAUUGAGUCAAAAACAGACAAGGGUGAAACGCCACUAAUGGUGGCGGCUUCGUCACGCAAUUUACAUGCAGUGAAAUGGUUUCUUGAGAAGGGAGCAACUGUAGCCUGUGAAGACAAAAUAGGUUGGAACACGUUACAUCAUGCCGCACAGGGCGGAGACACUGAUAUUUUAUCUCUAAUCCAUACUCGCCUGCCUAACAUUGAGUCAAGAGUAGGCGAGGGUGAAACGCCACUUAUGGUGGCGGCUUCGUCACGCAAUUUACAUGCAGUGAAAUGGUUUCUUGAGAAGGGACUAACUGUAGCCUGUGAAGACAAAACAGGUUGGAACACGUUACAUCAUGCCGCAGCUGGCGGAGACACUGAUAUUAUAUCUCUAAUCCAUACUCACCUGCCCAACAUUGAGUCAAAAACAGGCGAAGGUUACACGCCACUUAUGGUGGCGGCUGAUUCUGGCAAAUUCCAUGCAGUGAAGUGGUUUCUUGAGAAGGGAGCAACUGUAGCCUGUGAAGGCAAAAAAGGUUGGAACACGUUACAUCAUGCCGCAGUGGGCGGUGACCCUGUUACCAUUGAUCUUAUCCUUCCUCACCUGCCGGACGUUGACUCAAAAACAGCUGAUGGUGAAACACCUCUUAUCAUCGCUGUUUAUCGUGGUAAGCUGCGGUGUGUAAAGUGUCUUCUUGAGAGGGGAGCCAAUCCUUUGACUAAAGAUAACAAAGGACAGGAUUCUCUAUAUCAUGCCUCAUCACAUGACCCAGAUUGCUUUGACUUGCUGCAGAGUCACGUGUCUAAAAGUGAGUCAACAACGGGCAAUGAUUAACUCAGGUUGGUGAAGUAAGAGUUACGGCUUAUUUUAUGUUUGCUUAACUCUUCAAUGUCAAAAUGUAACCUACUGGUUUGUUUGUUCUGUCAACUUCGAAGCCGUUUUGGAGGAAGUUUUUAACAGGCUGUGUGUUAUUCGAUAUUUUACCAACUAGACCUACGUACAAUCUGUACAACUUGUCAGCUGUUUAACAGUUUCGGUACGGAAUGGCUUCUGUCGUUAAAGUUGCACUUGAGCCUUGGCUUUCUGUGGGAUGUUGGCUGAGUGUAAUGAUUUGGUUCCAUUAAGCUAGUUGAUUUCAACACUGUGUGCAUACAGGCAUCAUUCUCAGAAUUUGCCUAUCCAGCUUGUUAAAGCUUUCAUGAAGUAAAAGUUGUACAAGUCACCCGAAGACAAAAGUCAGUGGCAUUUGGACAGAGCACAGCCAUAAGCUUAAAACAUAUGAAUGAUCCGAAUGAAUCAUAUGUUGCGAUGUUAGUGCCGGGCUGCAUUUGGCAUGAGACGAUAUGUAUCAAGAUAUACAUUCUCUUAGUGCAGCGUGUUCUUGUUCAAUUGUCGGAGGAAUCUUCAUUUCUCUCCCUAAAAUACUCUUUGGUUUUUUCUCUUAGGUUGCAAUUUGUUGUCAAUAUUUGAAGCUCUAGUGUGGCUUGUACUAUACUGGAAAAGCUGCUAGUGUAUGUCUACAAUAUUACCGGUGAUUUUAUUUUUAUCUAGUUAAACGUUUUUAAAAUUGAUAUAAUGUUAUGUAUAUUUCACAAAUACGAGGGUGUUUGUUUACUAAGACGUAUUAAUUUCAAAGACAGAAGUGUAGGUUUCAGCAACGUUAACGGCCUCUUUAUUUUCCUAUUUAAGACGUUUUAAAAUUAAUGUGAUUUUGUAUAUUUUUCACGAGUAAAAAGGUUGUUUUUUACCUAAUAACUUUUUAUCCUCAGUCCUCUUCCCAUGUUCGCAUUAAGUGAGCCUUUGACGAUUGUGUUAGCUUCAGUUUUGGCAUAAUUUAGCAAACCACUGAAGUACACAAGAUAGUUAUUGUUUUUUGUAUACUAGUUUAAUAAAUUUGACUUUGCAUAUCUAACUAGGCUACUCAAAAACUAGAUAAUUUAGUGUAUCAACUGAGUUGAUAUCAUAAAUUGGCCACCGCAAAGAGUUAAGCAGCUGAAGUUUCGAGCGUUAGAGCGAUUGACGAAGGGCUAACGCUCGAAACGUUAGCUUCAUCAGACAUCUUCAUUAAACCCUUAACUGCUUGAACCUUGCCAUUCACAGCAGCAUCCAUUAGCUACGUUCUACCUUUUGCAUCUUGGGAGUCAACAGAAAAUUCAAGAGAAAUGCUGCCUAAAAUCAUAUUAUUUGAACAGAAAUUUGAAAAUAAAUGUUAAAAGAAAGGCAACAACAAUCAUUAAUAGUAAUAACGGAAAUAUUUUCACAGGGGAAAUGAAAGCAUUUCAAAAUAUCACUCAAUCCUUUUCCAGGUAGGUACCCAGUUGCUCAGAAACUGACAUUGAUCCACAAAAACAGGGGGAGCACCAUUUUUAUGUAUUAAAGAGGGGUGGACUAUGAAAAGCUACGCACUUCUGAGGGGAGUGGGUCAUCUGUGAAACAUGCUUUAAUCUGAUGUUGCAGGAAGCGUAUUACUGAAAGUACAAUUUUUAUGACUUUGUUAAGUUAAAACUUAAAGAUGAUUUUUUUUGGUCCAGUUGCUGAGGGAAUAGAAAGCACUUUGGAACCACGGGGCUUAACACGCUGUUGAUCAGUUCCUCAAAUUCUAUGUGAAACUAUGAUUAAAAAUCAGCAUGACCUCAUUUUAGGAACAGCAGAACAGCCUACCUAAAAUCUACAGAAGCUUUAACCACUAAAGACUAGCUGCUUACCAUGAGUAACCCUUAUUUGAAACUCUAGCUCAAAUUGCACUUUAAAUUGAACACUUUUGAAGC